GUGUUCACUCCAGAUGUCGAGGCCAAGCUCAAGGCUAGGUUGCAUGCAGAGGAGUGGAGGACCGCCUUGUCGGAUGAGAUUGAGUCCCUUCUCUCAAAGGGGGCGAUUCGGAAGGUGACAGGGAAGGAGGCUUCUGAGUUGCAGAGGGAUCCGCGGAGUACUCUUCUCCAUGCUAAAGGGGUCUACACCGUCAAGCCAGGCAAACACCACAGCGACGGAAGGCCCCGCCAGCCCUUCCGACGGAAGGCACGAUUGGUGGCCUGCGGCAAUGAGUCGGCUUACACCGAUACGGCCGAUCUUUACGCAGCAGGCGUGGCAGGUGAUAUCCUGCGAGCGUCUCUCCUCCUCGCAGGAAGGGAGAAAUGGAAGGCCUACGGCACUGACGUGCACACAGCCUUCCUCCUGGCCCCGCUGGGCACUUCUCGCCGGUACCUCCUACGGCCCCCGGCCAUACUCCGGUCCCUAGGCCUGGUUCAAGAAACGGAAGUCUGGGAGGUGGGAAAGGCCAUCUACGGCCUUCGUGAAUCACCACGUUGGUGGACGGAGUACAGAGAUGAUUGUCUUCGGCAGCUUAGGUUCCAGGCCCCCAACCCCGAGACCGGAGAACUGGAGGAGCACUGGCUUGAGCAAGGUUCCACAGAGGGCAACAUCUUCAAGAUCCGAGGCCCUGGGAAGGA